CGUGAGCCUAUCACAGUCGACAAGUUCUUUAUUUUCAUAGGACCCCUGGUUGCGACUGACUAAAUGUAACUGAAAUGGAUGCUUAAUAUAAACGUAUUAAUUGUACUGUAUUUGACUCGCUGUAAGACACCGUUAAUAAUCCGGAACAGCUCCUCUGUGCGACGUGAUUAAUCAGUUAGUAGCUGUAAUGCUGUUGAUGUGUACGUUUGUUUAUUUUGAUCAGGCAGCACAGGGUCACCACGCUCGAGUCUGUUGUUUUUAUCUCCUUUCAGUUUUCUCUAAACUUUUUAUUUCUGCUGCUGUAAAAUGAGUCUGAUGUUAAAGUCGAUGUGUAAAAACUGCUGUAAGUCAGGAUGGAAGAGCUGGAGACGACAAUACAGCGUGUUUAACUCGAGUUCAGUGUUAAAGUACACGAGUUUUUCAUUGAAUCCAGUGAAAUUAAGAAUGGAAUUGUUGCUCUUACAAUCACGUGUUUUCUCCAGCAAACCACCAAAAGGAUUUGAGAAGUUCUUUCCAAAGAGAUCAGCAACAGAACCCAGAGAGAAAUCCAGUGACCCGGAAUCCCAAAGAAAGAGCGGUGGAGCAGGAACAGGCGGUGGUGAGAAGAAGGAAGAUGGCAGUUGGUGGUCUCGCAUCCUACGAAGAGGCGUCCCUUGGGAUGAGAAGCAUUUCUGGAACGUCCUUUUUACAGGAUCUGGGAUGCUGGCUACUUUUCUUUAUUUAUACUUCCGAAAUAGAGGAAGAGAGAUAUCGUGGAGGGAGUUUGUUCAUUACUACCUCGCUCGAGGCCUGGUCGAGAGGCUAGAAGUGGUUAAUAAGCAGUAUGUCAGAGUGCUUCCUGCUCCCCAUGUCAACACGUCAGAGGCGAGUUAUGUUUGGUUUAAUAUCGGCACCGUGGACACGUUCGAGAGGAAUCUGGAGCAAGCAGAACGAGAGCUGGGUUUGGAUCCACACAGGGUGCAGGUGCUCUACAGCACUGAGAGAGAUUGGAAUUUCCUCGUGAUUUUGCUCCCGUUCGUCGCACUGCUCGGUUUGCUGACGUUCAGGUCGAGGCAGUGGAAGUCUGCAGGAUGGCAGCGUGGAAGAGGAAGCAGUAUGCUUAGAAUGACCGAGUCCAAAGCGAAGAUGAUCAGAGACAGCAUUAACGUCAGGCUGAAGGAUGUUGCCGGCUGUGAAGAAGCCAAGUUGGAGAUUUUGGAGUUUGUCAGUUUCCUGAAGAAGCCCAAACAGUACCAGGACCUCGGUGCCAAAAUCCCAAAGGGUGCGUUGUUAUCGGGUCCACCCGGAACAGGAAAGACUCUGCUAGCCAAAGCGACUGCAGGCGAAGCUGGAGUUCCCUUCAUAACUGUCAACGGCUCGGAGUUUCAGGAGAUGUUUGUCGGUGUAGGAGCAGCCCGGGUGAGGGACACGUUUGCGCUGGCCAGAAGACACGCCCCCUGUAUCCUCUUCAUCGAUGAGAUCGAUGCCAUGGGCAGGAAGAGGGGUCGAGGGCACUUUGGUGGGCAGAGCGAGCAGGAGAACACGCUUAACCAGCUGCUGGUGGAAAUGGACGGCUUUAACAGCAGCACCAACGUUGUGGUUCUGGCCGCCACCAACCGCGUGGAUGUUUUAGAUCCGGCACUUUUAAGACCCGGACGGUUCGACAGGCAGAUUUACGUAGGACCGCCUGAUAUUAAAGGCAGGGCUUCCAUCUUUAAAGUGCACAUGAGGCCACUGAAGCUGGAAGCCAGUUUGACCUCAGAUCAUCUGGCAAGGAAACUGGCUGCUCUUACACCUGGUUUCACAGGAGCCGACAUUGCGAACGUCUGUAACGAAGCAGCUCUCAUCGCCGCACGUCACCUACACCCGGCUGUGACCUCCAAACACUUCGAGCAAGCUGUCGAGAGGGUGAUCGGAGGCCUGGAAAAGAAGACGAGGGUUCUGCAGCCUGCCGAAAAAACCACCGUGGCUUACCACGAGGCCGGACAUGCUGUCGUAGGCUGGUUUCUGGAGCACGCAGACCCUCUGCUGAAGUUGUCCAUCAUUCCUCGAGGAAAAGGCCUUGGCUACGUGCAGUACCAGCCUAAGGAGCAGUACUUGUUCACACGUGAGCAGCUUUUCGACAGGAUGUGCGUGAUGCUCGGAGGGCGUGUGGCGGAGCAGGUGUUUUUUGGCAGGAUCACCACAGGAGCUCAGGACGAUCUGAGAAAAGUCACCCAGUCUGCAUAUGCUCAGAUCAUGCAGUUCGGGAUGAGCGAGUCAGAGGGGCAAAUGGCAUUUGAUUUGCCAAAGCAGGGCGAGCCGGUGUUAGAGAAGCCUUACAGCGAGGCCACUGCUGAGCUCAUAGACCAGGAAGUGCGUUCCCUUAUUAGCAAAGCCUUCGAGAGAACGCAUCGUCUCAUCACCGAGAAACGAGAGCUGGUGGAGAAGGUGGGGAAGCGUCUCCUAAAGAACGAAGUCCUGGACAAAGCGGACAUGUUGGAACUGUUGGGCCCGAGGCCGUGUGUAGAGAAAUGCACCUACGAGGAGUUUGUGGAGGAAACCGGCAGCAUGGACGAGGACACGAGUCUGCCCGAGGGACUAAAGGACUGGGACAAGAACAGUGACCCGUCUCAGGGUAAAGACUCCUCACAGCAGCACAGAGAGUUUAUAUAUCUGUAGCAGGGACGGAACUCUGUGGAGCUGGAAACCACAAAAACGAGUGCCGGUGCAAUCAGAGGAUCACUUCAUUUUAAGGUGUUUUAAGGUGUUUGCUUUAAUGUCCUGUGAUAGGGAGAAGUGUUUCCCUGACCAAGAUGCAGACUUGAGAAGAAGGUCCUACCAGAAGGAUCCUGUCAGAACCUUCAUCUUUACCUUCAAAUGUGGAUGAAGAUCUCAGAACAAGGAAGAUUAGCGCAGAACUAGCAUGAAUUAAAAACAGCACAAUCUGAGACCUAAUCCAUUUUUCUGUGAACUUUCUGUGAAUCUUUUUUAUAUUGUUCCCUGUGACAAAGUUUGUCCAUCCUGCCCCUAACGUAAGAUCGGAAAUAACAAGCAUUCGUCUGGAAUAUAAUUAGCGGACUAAAUAUAAAUGCAUUACUGUAGCUAGACCACUCAAGGAAUAAAAUCUACAGGAAGCAUUUUUUUGGUUGCCACGGAAACCUUCUUACUGGGCAAUAAGAAGCUAUUAAGAAGCUAAUAAGAAGUCAUGAAUAGGGUAAGAUUAAGGGAAAUAAAUAAGAUUUUUAUUUUAUUAUUACGACAAAAAAGUCGUCGGAUAAUGUUUAGCCUGUGAGUUGUUUAUUUUUAACUCUUCAUCUUCCUCCUGAGCCUUCAGUAAACGUUCUGUUCUACACUUCACUCCUCAGCGGGAAAAUGACUGAGUUGAAGCAGGACUGUUACAUUUUGGUUGCGACCGGUUACAUUUCUGGUGCUUUAUAUCUGUAAGUUUACAAAAUCAGACCACGUGACCACCUGAAUGGAGUCGGUGGAAGGGUUUAGAGAUGCCACAUUUGUUUGUGAAAAAUUGACCUUCUGAAUGAUCGUUAGGAUGGGUCGUCUAAAGAAUCUGCAAAAUGUUAAUAAUUAAAAACAAAUUACAAUUUUCAAUUUUUUUACAUUUUUUUCCUAAUCUUAUUUGUUUCAUUCAAUCCUGUCCUUCAGUCGCUACAAAUGCUAAAUGUUUCCCAGAAGGCAAAAUAACAACAAUUAACCGUUCUCUAAAUGCAUCGUGCUGCCUCCUUCACCAGAGAAUGUUUGCCUCUCAUGUGAAAAGAUGGAUCUCAGGACAGUCGCUGAGGAAAAGGGGUCUAAUACGUACAGCAGCUGAAGGAUUUUAAUGAAGAACAGAAAACUCUUGGUUGAUCUUCCAGGUAUAAAGAAACAGGAUUAAAAAUGGAGCGUGUGUAAACAUCUGAACUGGUUUAUUUGUGCAGAUUCGGUUGUUAUUGUGUCUUGUGUUCUGUACAGUAUGUAAACGUCUGUUAUGUGAAUCUGCUUAUUCAGGGCAGGACGAAAUAAAUAUAAUAAUGUUUAUGA